CCGCUUGGCCCAAGAUGGGAAUGUAAACGUGGGGUUUGGAGGGUGGGUUGUCUUCUGGGUUCUACAGAAGAGGAACGGACGAAUGGACCAAUAGUUGGACGUUUCUCUCUUCCCGGCUCCCUUUUCAUUCCUCGAUCUUUUCAGGAAAGUGCCGGUUUACGGGAGUGGGACCUGGGUGUGUGUUCAGUGCUUCUUGGAGCUCCUCGCGGAAACUCGCCACAGGAGGAGCGGUUACUUUAAUUCGAUUCUUACAGGGUCCUCGGACUGUGGAGUGAAGCCUCUGCUGUCUCGGUAGUGCGGACCCUUAUGAUUCAUUUAUUCCUGGAGUUCUUAUCAUGGCUGAAAAUGGCAUAGACAGAAUCCAGACUGACAAACUCCUAAAAAGAGUACAAGAACUAGAGCAGGAGAUAGAAAGACUUAAAAAAGAACAGGCCAACACCAAGGACUCAAAUGCUAGAGAAAAUGCUUCAGGAGCUAGAAAAGCUAAGCGUGCAUUUGACUUCAGUGCUCAUGGUCAAAGACAUGUAGCCCUAAAGAUAGCCUAUCUGGGCUGGGGAUACCAGGGCUUUGCCAGUCAGGAAAACACAAACAAUACAAUUGAAGAGAAACUGUUUGAGGCUCUAACCAAGACUCGACUAAUAGAAAGCAGACAGACAUCCAAGUAUCACCGAUGUGGACGAACAGACAAAGGAGUUAGUGCCUUUGGACAGGUGAUUUCUCUGGACCUUCGUUCUCACUUUCCAAAGGGCAGGGAUUCAGAGGAUUUUAAUUUAAAAGAUGAAAUCAACGAUGAUGCUAAAGAGAUCCGUUAUACUCACAUUCUCAAUCGGGUGCUCCCUCCAGACAUCCGUGUGUUGGCCUGGGCCCCUGUGGAGCCCAGCUUCAGUGCUAGGUUCAGUUGUCUCGAGCGGACUUACCGCUACUUUUUCCCUCGUGCUGAUUUAGACAUUGUAACCAUGAACUGUGCAGCUCAGAAGUAUGUCGGCACACAUGAUUUUAGGAACUUAUGUAAAAUGGAUGUAGCCAAUGGAGUGAUCAAUUUUCAGAGGACUAUUCUGUCUGCUCAAGUACAGCUAGUGGGCCAGAGUCUGGCUGAGGACAGAUGGCAAGAACCUUUCCAGUUAUGUCAGUUUGAAGUGACUGGCCAGGCGUUCCUUUAUCAUCAAGUCCGCUGUAUGAUGGCUAUCCUUUUUCUGAUUGGCCAAGGAAUGGAGAAGCCAGAGAUUAUCGAUGAGCUGCUAAACAUAGAGAAAAAUCCCCAGAAACCUCAAUACAGUAUGGCUGUAGAAUUUCCUCUAGUCUUGUAUGACUGUAAGUUUGAAAAUAUCAAGUGGCUCUAUGACCAGGAGGUUCAGGAGUUCAAUAUAACCUACCUACAACAACAGUGGGCUAAUCAAGCUGUUAAGACUCACGUGUUAUAUAGUAUGCUGCAAGGACUCGAGUCUGUUGCUGUGCCCUGUGAGACAGGAACAAAGACGGAUGAAGUAAUAGAAUGGAGAAAUGUUAAGCCCUCUGUCAUAAAGCAGACCAGUGCCUUUGUAGAAGGAGUGAAAAUGCGCACAUAUAAGCCCCUAAUGGAUCGUCCUAAAUGCCAAGGAUUGGAAUCCCGGAUCCAGCACUGCGUACGUAGGGGACGCAUUGAAUACCCACGUUUAUUCAAUGAGGCAGAAACAAAAGCCAAAAGGGAGUGUAAUGACUCGCCAGAGGAAGAAAAUGCUAUUUUAGAGAAACCAACAAAGAGAGUCUGUGUUGAUACAGAAAUUAAAAGCAUCCUUUAGCCCUAAGUGGUUUGGCUCAGUGGAUAGAGCGUUGGCCUGCGGACUGAAAGGUCCCAGGUUCGAUUCCGGUCAAGGGCAUGUACCUUGGUUGCGGGCACAUCCCCAGUAGGUGUGCAGGAGGCAGCUGAUCGAUGUUUCUCUCCCAUCGAUGUUUCUCUCUAUCCCUCCCUCCCUUCCUCUCUGUAAAAAAAGAACAAAAAACAUCAAUAAAAGCAUCCUUUAACCACAGAAAACUCUCCAGGAUCUAGGAAGCAACAACUAGCUAAUGGUAGGUGGGUAAAAAGGAAAUACAAAAUUUACUGCAAUAAGUCCUAAAGAAUUCAGAUGAUCAGUUCUUAAAAGAACAAAACCAAAAAGACCAUACGCUCUAUUUAAGGAUGUUCAAGCUUCAACAGGAAACCAAACAUUCAUUCCUGUCUAAAAGCAUUAAGAGAUGGAAGAAGCCAAAAGCAGAUGUAAAAUGGAGAUGUAUUUACAUACACCUGGAAACCUGUGCCUCAUGUUCAAAUUUAUUAAACCUGAUCCUGCAAGUGUCUAUAAUUUGUUGUGCUAUCCUUUUCAAAAGCAAAUGAAAUAUUCACUACCCAUCUGAA